AUGGCCGAUGAACCAACUCUGCCCAGCCUGCCAUCCUCCAUCUCAUGGAACGCGCAGACCGAGCGCUUCAGCAAUAACCCGCGGAAGCGCAGGUACAACUUCAAGAGCCACUCGGUUGCGCCCCCGUCAUGGUCUAACUCCAGCGAUCCCGCCGUUUUCUCCAGCGAUGAUGACCCCGGUCUGGACAACUAUGUUGAGGGGAGGCGGAAGAAGAAGAAGUACGUGGGUUCGUGGUUCCUCCAGCAGCCCGCGUCGUCUGACUCGGCUACCGGAGAGCCGCGGCCGGCACUGAGGGGCAAGCGGACGUUGAAGCGUGACUUGGACAGUGGUGUAUGGAUGGGUAGCGACAGCACGGAUGGAGAUGAGAGCGUCAUGAUGCCCGAUCUCCCGACGCAGUCGAGGCUUCCCCAGUUGAACCGGGCACCACCUCGUCGUCGUAAUGUUAUCUCUGCCGAGGAGCUGGAGGCGCGGGAAAGGAUCCAACAGUGCCUGGACGCCGGUAACGAAUACAUUGAUCUCUCGACUAGCAUGAUGGGACUCAAGACACUGUCCGAUGCUACCAUUCGCCCCCUAUCCGAAUUCUCCUACAUACCCAUCGUGGCCGAGGGCGUUCCAUUCGAACAGAAGGACCCGGCUCUGCAACUCUACCUCUACCGCAAUCCUUUGCUCAAACUUCCAGGCGCUAUUUUUGAUCUGGAGCAUCUCACAGUACUUUCACUUCGCGGAUGCCGACUGAGGGAGCUCCCUCCGGCCAUUGGCAGGUUGCGGAGCCUCCGUACCCUGAACCUUGCGCAGAAUCUUCUGAGGUACCUCCCCGCAGAGCUGCUCGAUCUCAUGGCCGCCCCCUCCGCCUUGGAAGAGCUGCUUUUACAGGGAAACCAUUUCUUCCAGGCGACCGAACGACCGCGUCUCACCGAUCUGGAAAGCCUCGAGGGCGACGGCUCGGAAGGCUCGGAACUGGUCGAAGCGUGGAAGCCGGGGUCCGACGGAGUUGCCGCGAGGUUCUUUGCGCGAUCACCGGUUCACUACCUGGACAGCUCGGGCUUCUCGCAUUCAGACUUCCGCCUCGACCCCGAGGCCGUCAUUGUGCAGACGGAACGGCAGGAUGGUGACGGAAGCACGUCCAGCGUUGCCCCGCCGUCAUCCGCCCCUUACCACUCCAAAUCCGCUGGGAGAUGCGUUGCUAGUGCCAAAGGGAGCCGCGUUCCCAGCCUGAUGGAGCUGGCGCUGCGCAGUGCCUACAAGAGCUCCAAAUUGAACGAGCUUCCCGACUAUAUCCCCGAUUCUCUGGCUCACUUGCAGGCGUUAUUGGAGCGUGCUGCGGAUCAGCGUGAGGUGGGCGGGCUUACGUGCUCCGCGUGCAAGAAGCCCUUUGUGGCGCCGACCACUCAGUGGCUGGAAUGGUGGCAGGUCUGUCUCAUCGAGAACAGACAAAAAGAGGAGGGUUACGUCGUCAAGGCCCGGCCGUGGACCGACUUGGAUGAGGAGAAUGAUGGUGCCGUUCCCUUUUUGAGGAGGGGCUGCUCAUGGAAGUGUGGUCCUGCCCAUGUUAGAGAGGGACAAUGGACGAUUCGAUCUACCAGGGAGAACUAG